UAGUAAUGUGAUUCAAUGAAAAAAAAAGGGUGGAAUGAGAGUAUACACAUAAUCCAAGUCAUUAUGAAUGGAUGAAGAUGACACCUCACUCAAUAAUUAAAUUAACCAGGAAGGAAGGAAGGAACUGAAAGAAACCUCUCCUUUUUCUCUUCAACAAACCCCUACUUCAACUCCAAUCUCUUUAUUUUUUCUUUCUUUUGAACAAAUUCACAAACACAUACAGUGCUUCUUUCUUAUUGCUAUCCUUGUGUGGUUGAUGAAAUGGGGGACAAGCACCAUCUCGACGACAGCAGCGAUUUCACCUCCGAGGACGAAGGCACCGAGGAUUACCGCCGCGGUGGCUACCACGCUAUCCGAAUCGGCGACACCUUCAACGCCGGUCGCUACGUCGUUCAGUCUAAGCUCGGUUGGGGCCAUUUCUCCACUGUCUGGCUCGCUUGGGACAUCAAACAUUCUAGGUAUGUGGCUUUGAAGGUUCAGAAGAGUGCUCAGCACUACACCGAGGCGGCCAUGGAUGAGAUAACGAUUUUGCAACAGAUUGCGGAGGGAGACCCUGACGAUAAGAAAUGUGUGGUGAAGCUUUUGGACCAUUUCAAGCAUUCUGGUCCCAAUGGGCAGCAUGUCUGCAUGGUGUUUGAGUACCUUGGGGACAAUCUUUUGACACUUAUUAAGUACUCUGAUUACCGUGGAUUGCCUAUCGCCAUGGUUAAGGAGAUUUGCUUUCAUAUUCUGGUUGGAUUGGAUUACUUGCACAAACAGCUUUCCAUCAUACAUACUGACUUGAAGCCUGAAAACAUCCUGCUUUUGUCGAUGAUUGAUCCAUCUAAGGAUCCUAGGAAGUCUGGGGCGCAGAUUAUUCUUCCUAAUAGUAAGGACAAGAUGGUGCUAGAGUCGUCAGGUGUGAAAGAUACAAAGAUGUUGAAUGGGGAUUUGGUUAUGAAUCACAAGAAGAAGAUUAAGAGAAAAGCUAAACAAGCAGCCCAUGGUUGUUUUGAGGAAGUUUCUGAAGGAGUUGAGGGUAAUCCUGAAACUUCUGGGGCUGUGGAGUCGUCUCCUAAUGCGAGUUCUACAAGGGCUUCCAGUUCUGCAGGAACUAGUAGGUUAUGGGAUGCUGAUGGAACAAAGUUGAAAGAGCAGGGUAACAAAAGAGGAAGCCGAUCAAUGAGACAGAAGCUGCUGGCAUCGGUUGAUCUCAAGUGCAAGUUAGUGGACUUUGGUAAUGCCUGCUGGACAUAUAAACAGUUUACUAAUGAUAUCCAGACAAGACAGUAUCGGUGCCCAGAGGUGAUUCUUGGGUCAAAAUAUUCUACGUCUGCCGAUCUUUGGUCCUUAGCUUGCAUUUGUUUUGAGCUUGCAACUGGAGAUGUGUUAUUUGAUCCUCACAGUGGUGACAACUUUGAUAGGGAUGAGGACCACUUAGCAUUAAUGAUGGAACUUCUUGGAUCGAUGCCACGUAAGAUAGCACUAGGGGGGCGUUAUUCCCGUGAUUUCUUUAAUAGAUAUGGUGAUUUAAGGCACAUCCGGAGAUUGCGAUUCUGGCCUUUGAAUAAAGUCCUCAUGGAGAAGUACGAUUUCAGUGAGAAAGAUGCAAAUGAUUUGACGGACUUUUUGGUUCCUAUUCUUAAUUUUGUUCCCGAAAAGCGGCCUUCAGCUGGUCAGUGUCUUCUGCAUCCUUGGAUCAAUGGAGCUCCACGUCUUUUGGAGCCAUCCGUGUCUUCUAAUCACAACCCAGCUGCUGGAACUGCUGUUUUGGAUCAGAAGAAAAGGGAAAAAGAUGAGAGGGAGGCCAUGGAGGCAGGAAUGGGAAAUAUUGUUAUCAAUUCAGAUUCUAAAUCACUGAUGCAAUCACCAUCAAAGAAAGCUUUCCAAUCCACCCAGCAGUAGUUCAUCUGGCAAGAGCUCUUUCCUGUGUGGCUGUUUCUAUGUUCUAAGCGUGCCCCUGCAUUAUUUCUCUCAAUUAUUGGUGCCCAUGGGAAUUGUUUUUGGGGCAUGUCUAUUUCCUGGGUUUUCCUGAACUUCUGAUUUGGAUGGGGUCGGAGAUGUUUGAAGCCAGGUGCCAGCUAAAUCCUUUCUAGUCUUUCACAUUGCAUACGAGAGCUCUCACUACUAAGAAUACUGCUAUCAUAUACCCUCUGCCUUGUUUCUCAUGCCUAUAAUAGGUCAUAGAUGAGCCUCUGUCAACUGGUUCCAUUGACUUGUUUGUGAACGUUGUUGAUUAUCAUGUGCCCUUGUGCUUAAUGAUAUUCUUGAUAUUAAAACAA